AUGUCAAAACUCUUCACCCCGCUCCAAAUCGGCAAUGUCACGGUCCAACACAGAAUCAUUAUGGCGCCCUUGACGCGCUACCGUGCCGACGACAACCACGCGCCCCUUCCUAUAGUCAAGGAAUAUUACGAACAACGUGCCUCGGUAUCCGGUACUUUGCUCAUCACCGAAGCAACUUUUGUGUCUCCCCGUGGUUCCGGAUUCGCUAAUGUACCAGGUAUCUGGCACGAUGCGCAAAUCGCCGCUUGGAAAGAAGUCACUGCCGCUGUGCACGCCAAAGGCUCAUUCAUUUACUGCCAGCUCUGGGCACUCGGCCGGGCUGCCCAUGUGGAGCAAUUGGAAUGCAUAGGCGAGAGACUGGUGAGCAGUUCGAAUAUACCACUGGAGGGUGCGCCCGUACCGGAAGCAUUAGUCGAGGAGGAGAUUUGGGCCUUUGUGAAUGACUUUAAAACCGCUGCCGAGAAUGCAAUUCACGCCGGCUUUGAUGGAGUCGAGAUCCACGCUGGCGGUGGCUAUCUAAUAGACCAAUUCACCCAGGAUAACGCCAAUAAGCGUACGGAUAAAUGGGGCGGGAGUGUCGAAAACAGAUCCAGGCUUGCUCUAGAGGUUGCAAAGGCCAUCGUUAGUGGUAUAGGUGCUGAGCGAACCGCAAUCCGAUUCGGCCCCUAUGCCACCUUCCAGGGCAUGAGGAUGGCAGACCCAGUGCCACAGUUCACUUAUUUGGCCACGCAGCUUAGAAACUUGAAGCUGGCCUACCUGCAUAUCAUGCUACCUAGGGUCCAGGCAAACUUUGACGUCGAGACGGAUGAGGACGUCGAUUUCAUGAUUCAGGCAUGGGCAAACACCAGUCCAGUAUUGCUAGCUGGUGGCUUCAACUCGGCAUUGGCGAAGAAGAUGGUUGAUGAAGAGUAUCCAGAUAGAGAUAUCGGAACUGCCUUUGGUCGCCCCUUUCUUGCAAACCCCGACCUACCAUUAAGAAUUCAGCAUGGUAUCCCUUUCAAUUCGUACAUUCGCGCUACAUUCUACACUCCUAAAUCGGAAGUAGGAUAUAUUGAUUAUCCGUUUAGUAAAGAGUUAAUU